GACAGCCUCCCUUCCCUCGGGGACAGUGUCCCCAGCACCUGAGGGACCUUUCCUCGGCACGGCAGGUGAGGGAUCCUCGCCUGGGUCACCUCCAGCGGGCAGCCGGACCUGUGCUCAGAGCAAGCCGUGGGAGACAGCUCAGCGCCAGGGAUGUGAUCCAGGUCACGCAAAGUCACCCUUUGUCACAGGACCCAACUCCUUCCCCACAAGUUCUGUCCUUCAGCUUCUUCUCAAGCAUGCAGUGACCACCGGUGGCUUCCUGCCUCAGGGACCAGGGGAGAAUGCUCCAAUGGAGAGCCUCCAGAAAUCCAUUUUACUUCCCCUCAUCCUGACUGCCUCGCUGCCAGGCCUGGGCUUUUGUUACUCCAUCACAAAAGGCCCUGAGAAUGCCACGGUCCUGGCUGGCUCAGAGGCUCGGUUCAACUGCACCGUGUCUGCAGGAUGGAAAGUCCUCAUCUGGCUCUCCAAGGGCAGUCCUGUGCUCACUGUCCUCAGCUCCCAGGGCUCUGUGGAGACCACAGAACGCUUCACCUCCCACAACUACACCAGUGGGGACCAGUUCACCUCGGAGCUGAUCAUCCAGGACACGCAGCUGAGUGACUCUGGCAGGAUUGAGUGCAGCAUCCAGCAGCCCAGCGACAACAACUUUGCCUUUCUCUCUGUGCAAGUUAAUGGAUCUUUACUCAUCAAAAAUAGCACCUUAACAGUAAAAGAGAACCAAACAAUUGAGAUUGUUUGUGAAGCCUUAGGAUGGGCUCCAGCUCCAGACAUUACCUGGAUGAGAAAUGACUCUUUGGUUGAUAAGUCGAGCUAUGAUACCCAGCAAAGUCCAGGAUCUCAUGGCCUCCACAAUGCCCUGAGCACCUUAACUCUGACUCCGAGGGACACGGAGGUUUUGACUUGUUUAGCUGACAUAGAAGCACUCCCCAGCCCUCAGAAUGCGACUGUAACUCUUAUUUUUGACAACUCUGCCACGGAAAAUGAUUACAGUGAAGACAACAGGAGCACGUGGGUUAUUGUACUUGCAGUUGUGCUUUCAUUUCUUGGUAUUGUUCUCCUGAUCGUUAUUAUUGUGGUUGUUGUGCGCUGCUGCCUAAAGAGGAGAGAAUCUACUUAUCAAAAUGAAAUAAGAAAAGUUUCAGCUGAGAAGAAAAACGAUGGUGAUUUGGAGAACAGUCACAGGAGUGGCAGUGAAAAUCUGGGAUACAUUCCAGAGGAAUUGUGGAACACAGAACAAAGCCCAAGGCUUGCCUCUCUUCCCCCAGUGUCUUCAAAAUUUCCCGGCCCUGAUUACAAUUUGCACAUCAGUUCUGUACCAAAGGUGCGACCUCAAAGACGUACUGAUUACCUGAUGAGCCCAAAGAAAAUCAGGAAUGUGACACUCGUGUAGGAUGAAAAGUUAAAACCAGUUCUCUCCAUUUAAGUUAUAAGUUAUUCUUCUUUUUUGUUUUUUUUUUUUUUUCUCAUGCAAUGAAAUAAAAUUGCAACCUUUAUAAGCAGCACGUGAUAUUGCAGCAAAAUAAUGGACAUAAAUGACAUAAAUAGACUGCCCUAGAUUCCAAGACAAUGAGUUUGAUGGGACUGGGGAAGAAGAAUCUGUGCUUUGAGUCCCAAGCAAAUCAGCAAAACUCCUGCCAGACAGGAAUGUUAUGUUACAGCAAGAUUAAGGACUGGAAAUGCAAGAUAUUUAUUAUUU